AUUAUAACCUAAAAAAUGUGUCAAAAUUAAUUUGAAUAACAAAUUAGUUUAAUUAAAUUAAUAAAUAGGAUGAUUGCAACUUUAUAAACUUAAACCAAGAUAAAUAUGUGGAAACUAUUUAAUUGUACCCGUUUAAAUUUAUCAACGUUGUACAGGUCUACAAAUAAAUUUAACAUAAAAUCGAACGUUUAUUUACAAAGAAAUCAUUUUACAAGCCCUAAAAAAUGUACAAAACCAACGAAAACGUCUUUAUAUACUUUUCCACAUAUAACAAAUAUAUGUUUGGUGAUAUCCGGAGGGAGUUUAGUACAAAUUUAUUUAAAUAAAGUUGAUUGCGAUGCUCGUCGCACUCGUAUGUCACAUUAUCGAUCAUCAAAAGAUGAUCAUUUAAGGUUUAAUUGGAGUAAAUUCUGGUCGUAUUUAAAGCCCCAUAUUUGGUAUUUAAUUGCAGCAAUUAUCGGUGCCUUGUUUGUGGCUAUUUUAAAUAUACAAAUCCCACAAUUAAUUGGCCAAAUGAUUGAUGUUGUAAACAGAUUUAACUCUGAAUUAAAAGAUGGUGACAGUUUUAUGGAAGAAAUUAAAGUACCAGCUUUAAAAUUAAUUGGAAUGUAUUUAGGACAAUCUGUAUUUACAUUUUUUUACAUUUACAUGUUAUCAAAUUUAGGCGAAAAAAUCGCAUAUCAUAUGAAAAAUGAUCUUUUUGCUUCCAUUAUACAACAAGAUAUAGCAUUUUUUGAUGAACAACGAACGGGUGAAAUAAUCAAUAGAUUAACAACUGAUAUUCAAGAAUUUAAAAGUAGUUUUAAACAAACUAUUUCUUCUGGUUUAAGAGCAACAACGCAAAUUAUUGGGUGUUCAAUUUCUUUAUUUUUAAUCUCACCACAAAUGACUUUCUUUACAUUACUUUUUGUACCAUCAGUUGUUGUUGUUGGUACAAUUUUUGGAGCUAUGUUACGUAAAGUCUCUAGAAGAGCUCAAGGGCAGAUAGAGAAAACUACAGCUGUAGCUGAUGAAGCGAUCGCAAAUAUAAGAACAGUGCGUGCUUUUGCAAUGGAAGACCAAGAAAUUGAACUCUUCGACGAGGAAACUUGUCUGGCCAUGCAACUAAAUCAAAAAUUGGGACUUGGAAUUGGUUUAUUUCAAGCAGGAACAAAUUUAUUUUUAAAUGGAAUGGUGUUAUCAACUUUAUGUAUGGGUGGUUAUUUACUUUCAACCGCUCAAUUAUCAGGUGGUGAUUUAAUGGCUUUUUUGGUAUCCUCCCAAACGAUUCAACGGUCUUUAGGUCAAAUGUCAUUACUUUUUGGGGCCGUUAUCCGAGGAACAGCAGCGGGAGCAAGAGUUUUUGAAUACAUUGAUUUAGAACCAAAAUUACCUCUUUAUGGUGGCGAAACGAUUCCAUCUCAAUCAUUAAAAGGCGAAAUUGAAUUUAAAAAUGUCACUUUCGUUUAUCCAAGUCGCCCGGAACAAAUUAUUUUAAACAAAUUUAAUUUGAAAAUAAGACCCGGGUCAACUGUGGCGCUUGUUGGUGCUUCGGGAUCAGGAAAAUCGACUGUUGUUGCUUUAAUUGAACGUUUUUAUGACGUAAAUUCUGGGUCGAUAAGCAUCGAUGGAAUUAAUAUCAAAAAUUUAGACCCUUCUUGGUUAAGACAAAAUACGUUGGGAUUAAUUAGUCAAGAACCAAUACUUUUUGGUACAACGAUUUUGGAAAAUAUUCGUUAUGGAAAACCGGGGGCUACUGAUGACGAAGUUAAAGAAGCUGCAAAAUUGGCUAAUGCUCAUAAUUUUAUUACAUCAUUUCCUAAGGGUUAUGAGACUAUGGUGGGGGAGAGAGGAGCGACUUUAUCUGGAGGACAAAAACAACGAGUUGCUAUUGCUAGGGCUUUAUUAAAAAAUCCUAGUAUUUUGGUUCUUGAUGAGGCUACUAGUGCAUUAGAUGCAGAGUCUGAAAAAAUUGUUCAAAGUGCUUUGGAAAAUGCAAGUAAAGGAAGAACGGUUUUGGUUGUUGCUCAUCGAUUGUCAACUAUUAAGAAUGCUGAUUUAAUUGUUGUUUUGAGUAACGGACAUAUUAUUGAGAUGGGUACACAUGAAGAAUUGUUAAGAGCUAAAGGUUACUAUUGGACGUUGGUUUAUCAACAACAAAAUAUUCCAGGUGGAUAAUUCGUAUGUAAGUGAUCGUUAUAAAUUGUUAUUUUGGUUUUUUAUUAAUUUGGUUAAUUUGUUUUUGAUUUUCUUCUUCAAUUAAAAAAGUGUAAACAAUCCUAUGAUAUAAAAGGUUAAAUAAAUUAUAAAUGAAAUUCUAUCUAUAAAAGUCGCCAACAAAAGCCAAGAUUGUUGAAUAGCAUCUUUCAUUGAGCCCUAAAAAAAAUAAAUGGAGUAAAAUUUU